CUGGAUUUAGGAGAAAAGCCGCACAUUUGCGAAGUGUGCCAGAAGAGAUUUAGCAGCACCAGCAAUUUGAAGACCCAUCUGCGGCUGCACAACGGACAGAAGCCGUACGUGUGCGACUUUUGCCCGUCGAGGUUCACUCAGUUUGUUCAUUUGAAGUUGCACAAAAGACUGCACACCAACGAACGCCCGUACAACUGCAUGACGUGCAAUAAGCGUUACAUCAGCCCCAGCGGUUUGAGGACACACUGGCGAACAACCUCCUGCAAACCUCUUUCCGACACUCAAUCCGCCGCGUCCGUCAUUAACCGUUUCGUCUCGUUUAAGUACACUCCCGAUGGAAAACAAACUGCCAAACUUGGUAACGACGAUGACGUCACCAGCACGACAUGUCAGUCGCUAUGA